AUGAACUUCUUACCGUUUAGAAAGUCAGGAGUAGAAGGACCAGGAGAAACCCUGACAAAUGGUGGUAGCUCGAAAGGCUCCAUGUCUAUGACUGCAGCAUCCAUGAAUAAUGAAUAUAGCGACGAAGAUGAUAUGGAGAUCGAUUCUAGAGCAGAAGUUUCUAUGACUGACAAUGAUAAUUUGAAUAGGUAUGGAAUUGGAGCAAAAUUGAUGAUGAAAAUGGGGUAUAAAUCAGGUACUGGAUUGGGGGACAACAAUGAAGGUAUCGUAAACCCAAUUGAAACCAAAUUGAGACCUCAAGGGGUAGGGGUUGGUGCUAUUGAUGAGAAAGUACAUAAAGAAGAUUAUAAAGAAAAUGAUAAAAGCAAGAUACAAAGAACCAAAUUAUUCGAACUCUUGGAAGAAUUAGACUUGAAGGGAGUAGAAAUACCUGAUCAAUACAAAAAUCCACAAGGUGAUUUAUCAACUAUUUUGAAGAAGCUCACUAUCAUCAAUAGCGAGUGGGAUACUAUAACCAAACAAGAAAGGUUUUUAAGCUUCCAGAAUAAAGAAUUGAAGAUUUCAAUAGAAAAAAUAGACAACGAUGUGGAUAAUUUGAAGAGAUUAAAGCAUUUGGUCACAUCUGAAGUAACACCAGAAGAAUUUAAGAAAUUCAACAGUCCUGAAACCAAAUAUUCAUUCAUCAAUUACUUUGCUCCCAAUAUCAAGAUGCUAUUGAUUAAUAAAGAUCUUCUGAAUUUGUCUGUUUACUUGGAAGCUUAUAAGGCGUUGGAUGGCUAUGACAGUCCAGUCGUCAAUCCAUGGGAUUCCGUUAUUUACAUGAAUUUAGCUCCUACUAUUCGAGAAUUGGCCAAAACCCACCAACACGGGGAAAUCUUUGAUCUUUUAAGUUAUUGGUCAAACUCAAGUAUCAUAAUAGAUGACUUUACAAUAACAAAAAUAAUAAUAGAUGUGAUACUGCCAAUGCUCAAAAAAUUGAUUCAAGAUUGGACUCCUAUAAGUAGCUCCCCAUUGUACUUAUUGAAUUAUCUCAAAUUAAGACAUCAUGAUCACCUCAAUUUCCUUAUAGAAAUGGUGUUCGAUAAAUACGUAGAUUAUUUUAAGAAUCCUAAACAUGCCAAUGCUGAGGAUAUUGAAACUUUGCACAUCAUAUGGUUUGAGGUAUUCCAAUCAUUCCUAGGCGGAAAUUCUAUCAGCUCAUUCAAUAACAAGAUAUUCCACAACCUUAUUAUAUUCUUUGAAGACAACAGAGAUCUAGAGACAGUCAUCAAGUUGGAAGGGUUACUUACUGCAGCACAAUUCGAAUUGAUCAUUCAAUUCAGAAUCUUUAAUCCAGUCAUUACCGAGAUGAAAGCCAGUCAAGGCAAACCUUUCUCAGCCAUCAAGUUUGCUGCAAAUUACAAGGCAUUAUACAACGAAGUCAAAAGAAUCAUUAACAAGUACAAUACUCCUUAUAUCGAAAUAAUAAAUUGGUAUAUGAACCGAGCCCUCCAAGGGGGACCAUUACCUAAACUAAACAAUCACGAAAUACCUACCACAGACGAAUUACUCAAGCAUUUAGCCAAAGGUGCAAAUGUUGAAGGAGUACCGACAAACAAGAUCAUGACUACCUUCAAAAAUGUGGUUGAGGAGGAAUGUUUAUCCGAAGGAAUUGUUAUGCAAAAGACAAGUAUGGUUCAUCCCAUACACGGAGUACAACUUUACAAAUUAUCCACUGACACCCGAACAAGACAAUGUUAUAUAAAAGAUGAUGUGUUAUGGAUUAAAUCACAACCAGAUUUUGCAGUCAAUGUUGGCUCCAUUUCACAGUACAUUUAG